AUGCAUUGGACCCCAAGAUCGUUGAGAUCGCCAAGUUUGCGGUCUCGGAGCAUAACAAGGAGUCGAAGGCGAAUCUUGUACGAGAAGGUCGUCAGAGGAACCUGGGAUUGGACGUCGCUUCGGCAUAGCGGCAUAAAGUACAAUCUGAUCAUAUCUGCCAAGGAUGAAGUCGAUGGGAACCUUGAAGACUUCAUCAAAGAAAGAUCGAAGCCUGCUCUUGAGUGGAAGAUCCUUCACAAUAUUGCUCUCAAUGUAGCGCGUGCUCUCGCCUAUCUUCACGAGCAGUGUUCACCCAAAGUCUUGCACAGAGACAUCAAACCGAGCAACAUACUCUUGGACAACAACUACAACGCCUAUCUAUCUGACUUUGGCCUCUCAAAGCUCUUGGGAACUUCACGGUCUCAUGUCACAACAGGGGUGGCUGGAACAUUCGGCUAUGUUGCUCCGGAAUACGCAAUGACUUGCCGUGUCUCGGAGAAAGCAGAUGUUUACAGUUAUGGCAUUGUCAUCUUGGAGUUGAUAUCGGAUAAGCGAACUCUUGAUCCUUCUUUCUCAUCUCACGAGAAUUGA